CCAACAGCUUCCCCAAAACCACGACCUCCUCUAUCAAGCACUUCACCCUCCCGCCCCAAACCUUCUCUUCACAAUACAAUAAAUCAUCAUGGCCAUGAGAAUCGCCCCUCCAGCAGGCCACUCCACAUCCCACAGCCAUCUCCAGGCAAAGUCGCUCGGCGCUCCCUCCGCUCCAGGAAUCCACGACACGCUGCGCUCAGGUGUCGGCCCCUCCCUAUCUACACGCACAUCCAGCACCUCCACCCUCCCAGACUCAGCGCACCCCCUGGAAUCGCGCCUCAAGAGAUGGGAAGAGACACAAGAGCAGUUGAAGAUGGAGGGCCUGAGACGUACAUUUGGCAUCGCCGAACCCAUUAGGAGAGGUAUGGAGUUGAAGAUUGCGCGGGAGGGUGAGUGGAGACCGUUGGCGCUUGGGGGUGGGCGAAGGGGUGUCCAUGAGGAGAUUUUGAUGGGCAAGGAUACGAGCAUUGAGUGGGAGGAUGUCUUUACAGGAGAGGAGCUGAGGUCUAUCCCUGGCUUUCACGAGGAGGUUGAGAGGAAGGUCAGGAUGCAGUAGGGGAUUUGGUAGAGGAUGGGGUGGCUG